CCUCCCCCCUCCAGGCAGUGCUCAAGAUUAUGUCGUGUUUACGGGCUCUUCCACAGAUACGUCCGCAGCCUCGGCACCCGUAACCGAGCUCCCCGGGAUGGCUGAGGCGGCGAGGCCCCGCAAGUCCAAGAGCAGGACGAAGCAUGACAAGACAAAGAAGAAGCAGCAAAGCCUCGUGGACGUAAGAGCAGAGAAGACUCUGGUGUUGGAGGAAGAGAGCGACAUCCAUAAUGUACUGGACUCCUCCUCCCAGAGAACGGACAGCAAUCUUCCUGAUAGUUUCAUAGAAAUCCAGCUGAACGAUGAAACCUGCGGAGCUGAUAACAAACGACUAAGCAGCUUGUCUGAGGCGGAUGUCCUCGCCGUCAGUGGAGGCGCCUCGGAGGACAAGAAGGAAACCGAAAAUCAUGACUGUCGAGAGCUAGAGUCUGGAGGAGCAAACCUUUCCUGCCCUUCACAAAGCUGUGAGUUGCAGCCCGAAAAGACAAAAUGUCCUGAAGUUACAAGCCCCUCCAUAGAGGAACAGCACCCGGCUGAGGACGUCGAAGUCCACCCUGCUGUCCUGUCUCUGAAGGAACCAGAUGUAAUGGACACCCAGCAUUUUGUGGAAGCCAAGGAGAAAUUGCAUCUUUCCAAGGUGAAAUCCAUAUACCCAGAGCUGCCAGUGCAGGUUCUUGACCACAAGAGAGAUAUGGCGACCAUCAAACCUCUGGUUCCUAAUGAGAGGCUGUAUCCUGAGCUCCCGCAGCAGCACAAGCCCAUCCCUUUCUCCAGGGAGCAACUCAAGAUAUUUGAGCCUUGUUCCUGGAUAGAGAAUGUGGACUCCUUCACCGAGGAGUUUGAGAGGAUCGCCCACCAGGACAGGCAUGAGUUCCAUGAACUUCUCAUGAAUUACGGCCGAUGCAGGAAGCAGCUCCUUCUGGCCGAAGCCAAGCUCCAGAUCAUGAUCUCCGACUGGAAGAAUAUUAAGAGCAAAGUCUGGGACUUUAAGGAGGAGCACAUGACUGUACAGGGACUUUGUGAAGAUCAGGCCAAAGUGGUUGGAUAUCACCACUAUCAGACAGCAGAAGUCAACGCAUCGGCAUUAGGAGACCUGAAGAGACUCUUCGAGCUGAAGUCGGACCACUUACAUCAGACAUUUGCCCUGCACUCGUAUACGUCAGUCCUGUCCCGCCUGCAGGUCGAAUCUUAUAUCUAUGGGCUGGUGAACAACUCCCCUUUCUUGAAAUCGGUAGCAGUGUACCAUCCGGACCACGCCCCUCAGAAGCUAGAAGGGACUCACUCAGAUCUGAUCCUGCUGAAGGAGUGUAUCAGUGUCCUGUUCAGCUUCACAAGGAGAGUUAUAGAAGACACUCAGUUCCAGAACGAUAUUCUUCUCUGGCUUCAGAAGCUGGUUUCUGUGCUGCUGAAAGUUGGAUGCCUCGGGGACCACCUGUUCCUCUUGAAUCACGUCCUGCGCUGUCCAGCAGGUAUCAAUAAAUGGGCCACCCUGUUUGUUCAGGUUCGAGUCUUGCACAACCCGGCCGGCGUGUUUCACUUCAUGCAGCAGCUGGCGGUUCUCAUGUGUCCUGUAAGGAAUCGAGUGGACUUUCUUUGCCACAUGAAACCCAACGAAAGAAAAUGUCCUUCUUUAGGAAAUGAGUCGGGGAACUGGACUUUGGUGGAUGAAGGUGGUGAGGAGGACGAGGAUCCGGAGACGAGUUGGAUAUUGUUGUCAGAGGACGACCUCAUUUCCCUUUUGGGGCAAUUCCCUUUUCAUGAACUUUUCAAGAAUGUUCUAGGAUUUAACUCUAGAGGUGAAUAUUUUCCUGAUAAAACCACUCCCCAGGAAAUGAUGAAGAUUUUUGCUUUUGCUAAUUCUUUGCUUGAGCUUCUGGCCCUCGGAUUGGAGACCUUUAACAGGGCGCGGUACCGUCAGUUCGUCAAACGGAUAGGAUGCAUCAUACGGAUGACCCUGUGUUAUGUCAGCGAUCACUGGGCUCUGUACCUGAGCAGUAACCGUGGCAGAGAACACAGCUCGGAGCUCUACUCACUGGAGAAGCUACAGGCCAUUUAUGAUGAGCUCUUCAUGACUGCUGUCCUCCAUGUCCUCAAAGCCAAGAGGUUGGGCAUUUGGCUCUUCAUGUCUGAGAUGCCGUACGGGACUCUGUCAAACAUCAUGCUGUGGAAGCUCUUGUAUCUCAUGCACUAUGCCGAGAGUGAGAACGUGGAGAACCUUUAUUCCAGAUUAGACGCGACCACCUGCCAGUCUGCACUAAAUGAUCCCGUGAACCGAGAAAAGUUUGAAGAAUACUUUUCUGCAAUGAACAGCUCCGAAGGAAUCAGCCUCCUGACCACGUUUGCUCAGAUGGCACAAACCAAACGGGACGACGUGGACGAGGAGCUGAUGAAGACCGUCGCUUUAGAGAUUUAUGAAGUUUCCUAUGUCAGCAUGUCUACAAGAGAAGCAUUCUCUAAAGUGGGCCGCGAGCUUCUUGCCACCAUUACCAGCGCUCACUCCAGUAUCAUAUCUGUCCUCCUGCAGCGUGUCCGGGAAACCAUUGACAAAGUGGGGAUGGUUUCACUGUACUUAUUUAAAGAAUUACCCCUGCUCCAAUGGAGACCGAGCACCUCAGAAAUAGGCGUCAUCAGGGACUGGCUGAUCAAUUACAACCUGUCUGAGGUGGAGAACAAGCUGGCCUGCAUUAUCCUGGAGGGCAUGAACUGGGGCAUCACUGACUCGAAGACCCUUCAUCUGGACCAUGCUCUACAUGUGGAGGUCGCACUCAUGGUCCUGGAAGCUUAUCAGAAACACAUCUGUGACAAACCCUACACCGGGAUCAUCUCUGAGAGCAUUAAGCAGGUAUCUUACUUGGCCAGCAUAGUCCGAACUGGACAGACUCCGGAAGCCUCCUUCAACCAGUGGUCCUGGGAUCUAGUUUUGCGGCUUAAGUUGCACAGAAACGAUCGCCCGGAGCAGAUCUGCGAUUCUGUUCCUGAUCUAACAGAGGCUAAUGUUUUGCACCCCGUGUUGAAGGCCGUGAAAUCCGGGGUCCCUAUAGGCUGUUUCAUCGCUCUGGCCUCUGCUUCAGUGGGACACAGUGUAGAUAAGUUUUGUGUGGAGGGUGUGACUAUGCUGGGUGAGAUGAUACAAGCCAAGCAUCUCCGGGCUGUGGUUCACAUCUUGGAUAAAGUUUUACCCAUGUUUUAUCAAUGCCCAAGCUAUCUCCUGAAAAAUGAAUUGUUUUUGUCCUACAUUCAGCUCUUCCUCCAGCUUGACGGCGGGGUCCCUCAGGGAAUGACCAUGCAAAUGACCCACAAAGUUACCCAACAUUUGACCUCGAUAAACUACGGGGAAAAUGUGAAACUUCUUACAAACAUGGUCCAGUCACAUAUUGCUGCUAGUACUAAACCGAAUGAAGUAGGUCCAGUGGCGGUUCUGGAGUUCUGGACUCAGGUUCUCAUAAGCCAGCAGCUCUGGCACCGGGACAAAGGCAGCCUUCACCUUAUGGACCAGCUGUGUAAAGCAGCGUUCAGACACCUACAGGAAGAUUGUCUGCACAAACUGCUUUACCAGCAGCACAAGGAUGCACUGGGGUAUCACUGUGACCGAGGGAUCCUCUCCUCAUUUGUUGGAUGGAUCGUCGCAGGAAACGUGACUCCUUCAUUCAUAGACUCCAACUACAACCCCUCACAGAUCUGGUUUUCAUGGACCGUGCUUAAUACGGAGUCUUUGUUUGAAGAGGAUUCCCAGUUACGUCGUGUGCUGGAAUAUGAACUGCUCAGCCAUUCUUCUAUGAGUCCAGACCAAGCUCUGAAGAAAGCCCAGCAUCAGUUGAAGUUGCCCAUUGUGCCUUCUGUACAGAGGUUGAUGAUUUACCGCUGGGCUCACCAAGCCAUGGCCACCCCAGCAGAUCACCCACUUUUACCUCUGUUUUGGCAGAGGUUUUUUCUCCUGUAUCUGAACCGUCCAGGACCACAAUAUGGAUUGCCAGCAGAGGGUUGUAUCGGGAAGAGGUUCUUUAGCAGCUCAGCCCACACGCACCUCCUUAAACAGAUGAAGCGUCGUCUGAUGGAAGUGGCAGAUUUCCACCAUUCAGCCAGCAAAGCGCUGAGAGUACUUGUCCCUCUAGAUGGAUCCCCAGUUUUUUCUGAUUCAGGGAGCUGCUCACAAGACUGCCUGUCUUCUCCAGAUCUGCACAAAGAGCUGGUCAAGUUAUUUAACGUAUUUAUUGUUUGGCUGGAAGAUGACAAGUUGCAGAAGGGAGACGUGUAUAUCCCAUCCCUGCCCAAGCAGUAUGACCCACAUCGACUGGCUAAGAUCAUGCGAAAUGAGCAGAAUCUGUGGAUGGAGUUCAUUAACAUGGAGCGCAUCAUAUUUGAGAUCCAGGAAUGUGUAAAUGCUUGGAACCAAAUCAAGGUAGAGAUGGACACGAGCUUGCUGACUCCUGCUGUGACUGUGAACAUACCGUCUCCAUCAGCAGCUGCUAAAGAGAGAAUCCUUCUGAAUUUAAAGAAGCAUCCUGCACCUUGCCCGGGCAUCACCCUGCAGCUUAUGAAACCACCUGUUUCUGUCAUUUCAACCUCAUGUUAUAUCAACACCCAGGACGCCAUGAAGCUUGUGCACAAAGACCUGACUGUUCUGCAGCAGCAUGCCAAAACUGCUUCUAUGCGGGAAUCCCAGCAAGUGGCCCUGGACAGUGAGAUGCUCGAUACAAUUCCAAAACUUUACAUCAAUAGAGAGGAACAGAUAGAAAUGAAGAUGGAGUGCCGGGGAAAUUCGAAUAAGACGUGCAGCGGUCCUGCAGUGGUGACAGUCAAGUUUGAAGGAAUGCAGAUGGACGAAGCCAUAAGCCAGCAGCUUCAUAUGCUGCGGAGGGAGAUGAAGCAGUUACAAGCAGAAGCCACCAAACCUACUCUGCUCAACAUUAUAGAAACCGCUGUCCAUCUCGAGAACUUCAUAACGGCUUUGGUAAAUGCAUAUAAAGUGCAGUCUCCGCCUGAGAUACAGAAGAUUGGAAUCGGGACCUUCUUCGCUGUGGUUGAGUUUGUGUGUGAUGAGACUCAGCGCCAUCCUCCAUCUCGGCAAUUCUUCACCUCCUGCAUUGAGAUAUUGGGACAGGUGUUUAUAAGUGGAACCCAGUCAGAAUGUCGGCCGGUCCUGCAAACUAUAUUACAGAAUCGGAGGUUGUGCAAUCUGCUGUCCCCGUAUUUCACCCCAGCCGCCUCUCCUGGAGAGUUUGUGCAUUUGUAUGAAAAAGUGGUGGAAGCCAUAUCUGAAGACAAUAGUGAUGUGAUCUUUAUGCUGCUAACUAAGUUUGAUCUCAACCACUGGUUGAACUCUGCAAAGCCCUCCAUGUCUGAGCGGAGCAAACUUCUGGAGUCCGUGCACCUGGCUCUGACCCUGUGUGGCCUGACACCUGAUGAAGAUCUGCUGAUGCCUUUCAAUAUUUUCUGCAAGCACUGGAGCUCGAUCCUACGCUACCAGUUCCCCGACCAUUACAGUGACUGCCUGAGGCUGCUCAUGCAAAGUUCCUCAGAGCAGCUGCUCAGCCCGGAGUGCUGGAAAACCUCCCUGAAGGCUGUGGGAUGUUACACCCCAAGAGUCCUGCCAAAUACCGUGAAAGUGGAUUCCAAGGAUCCCCUCGUCUUUCCGAACUGCACUAACAAGAUGUUGCUGUCAGCAGAGCAGGUUCUGGAGACUAUUAAGUGGCUUUCGGAAUUUUUCAGCAAGUUGCGUCUAUCUAAACCAGACUUUCAGAGCUUCGGUUUGCUGUCAAAAUGGAGUCCGUACAUCCCUGAGGUGAAGACCUUCCUGGAGUAUCUAGUGAAGAGUCACAUCGACUUUGAGGUGCUCAGCAUCAAACAAGAAUUAAUGGGAAGUCCCACAGUUCAUGCAGUGCUGAAGUCUCUACAUUCAGAAGUCACAGAGCUCUUCAAGCCCUGGAUAAUGGUCCUAGAUAAGGAUGAUAACAGUAAUCAGCGUUGCUAUCCCUGGCUGGAAAGUGACACCCGCACCGCGGUCAUAUUGGUCCAGCUAUUCUUUGACUGUAUUUUGACGCUGCAUCACAAGUUUCAGGAUCACCUUCUGCCUGGACAGCGGGGGGCGCUGUGGUUACAUCUAAUGCACUAUUGCGAGUCCUGCACUGCACCCAUGCACCCAGAGUACAUUCUGUAUACUUAUCACACAGAGUACAAUAAGCUGCCCUGGAAGGACAUGUAUCCUGACCAGACGCUAAUGGAAGAGUUUUUCAAGGUGGAGCGAGGGAGCCCAAAGAGCUGUUUUCUGUUUCUGGGGGGUGUAUUAUGUGAUGUAAACUGGAUGAACGUCCUGGCCGAUGCCUGGGGUCCCAUUCCUCGGCCAGAAACUCAUCGCAUGCUGGUUUGCCUCUUGUAUAUGUUGGUAUUUCUCACCAAAGAGGAGCAGCUCAUAAAUGAACCGGGGGCCCCUCUAAUUAACCUCUUGGGGCAGGCUGGCACAUUGUCCUGGCACUUGGUGGAUGCUGUAUCUUACCAAAAUGUCAUAGGGUAUUUCAGCAGCCAUUACCCUCCCUCUGUAAUCCUGAGCACCCACCUGGCGGAUGAGUUACUCCUGAAGCUUCUUCGUGUCUCUGCGGGACUUUCCUCUUUUCCAGAAUGCAGCAUUUACUCUGACGUGACUCCUAAAUGCCGCAUCUACAUUCAGCAGAUCGUCCAGUUUAUGGGAUCUUUGGAACAGAAUGGUAAAAUCAGCAUUCCUGCUCUGGAGCAAGAGCUGUCCAAACUGCUGGACGAUAUUGUCGUUUUCAUCCCUCCAGAUCUGGAGGUCCAGAAGCGUCACAUGGCUUUGAGCAGUUUGUUCAUGGAGCUUCUGAUGGUCAUGAACAACGCGAGUGUGACCACAGCCGAGUCCCUGCGUGGAGCCCUGCUCAAGUGGAUUGAUAGCAAAGUGCAAGGCAUGUUGGUCAUGCCCCUCUUAACAGCAGCUUGCCAGAGCUUGGCCUCCAUCAAACACAUGGCAGAGGCGACGGAAGCGUGUAUACUGGCAUACUUCAAAGAUGCUGCCGUCCACUGUCCACUGUCACAAGAGUCUCUGCACUCACAGAACCCAGGCUGGGGACCGAUCCUGGCAUCCUUGCAGGUGCCUGAACUUACUACUGAGGAGUUUCUCCAAGAAUGCCUUGUCCUAGGCAGUUACCUGACCCUUCACGUAUAUGUUCUGCAAUGUCUGAACCAAGAACAGACCCUCACCAACGAGCUGCGGAUGCUGGUAAAAAUUUCCAAGUGGAUUGAACAGGCACAACCAAGCUCUGUCAGUGAAGAAUCCAAACUCUUCUUGUGGUUCCAUAAGGUUCUGCAGUUGUCUCUGAUUCAGGUGGAGCAGAAUGACAGCGAAGUCACCGAGAACGUUCUGCGGAUCCUGCUUUUAGUCCAGACCCGCCUCUGCCUCCUGGGUGAAGAAAGAAUGUCUACUGGGAUCCUGGGGGCUAUCGGCCUUGGAAGGAAGUCUCCACUCUCUGCCAGGUUCAGGAUUAUCUCUCGCAGUUUGGCCGCCUUCAUUUUAGCCCAGAUCCCCUCUGAAAACCAAGUGCGCCUUAAGGCAGGGUCUGGCCUUCAUCUGUCACCAAGAGCUCAACAGGCGUUAAGUGCUGUGGAGUCCUUGACCUCAAGCAAACAGUACGUGGAGUAUCAGGAGCAGAUCUCGCAGGCGGUCCAGUUUAUCCGGUACCCGGGGCACGGUCUUCAGGAUGGGAACACACUGCUCGCCCUUCUUAUCAACUCACUGUACCCAGAAGUGCAUUAUCUGAAUAUUAUCCGAUAACCUGGGAAGAUCUCACAUCUGGGACAUUCUUUUUUUUUAUUUUUUUAUGCUUUCCCCCCCAGCCUGUUUUUGUGACCACUUACCCUUCAUAUUUCAUGUCUGAAAAACAAAAAUGAUGUAUUAAUGUUUAUCUGUGUGAAAAAUAGGGAAGGGAAAAGCAAUGGUACCCAGAUGUCUAAUCUGUGGGGUCGGUGGGGGAGGGGGGGAUUGUAAGAUGAAUGGGGGAGUCCUGUGGGUGCUUUAUAACACUCAUCAGCUCAGGCUUCUGAUAGGAUAUUGUGCACAAUAGUCAAAAUUACUUACUGCCUUAAAGGGGCUCUCCACCCAAAUGCAUUAAAAAAAUAAAUAGAUUAAUAAUGCAGGCCGAGAUAAGGAUGACCAGGCGGCAUUCUCCCCCUCCUCCAUUGUCAGCACAGAUUUGAGCUUGAUAGCUGAAUUAUGUGCGGCAGAGGGGAAUGUUUACCCGCCAGUUGCGGACAGAGUUGCCCUUUAAUGGUGCAUAUAGAGUUCUUUAUUAUUACUUGAUGAGAGUUUUUACUAUCCCCUAGAUGUAGAAGGACAGUGCCAAAAAAUCAGCAGUGAUCUGCCGUGCCUGAAGGACAUACAUGAGAUGUAAUAAUCUAGUACAUGUACAUGGUAUAUACGUUGAUCUUGAAUAAUCUCAGGCGGGAGAAGCUCCUUUCUUUGUAUGGGAAUAUUCACAUCUCAAGUGUACAUUUGUAUCUUUUAUUGGAUAGUUUGGAACAUGGACUAAGGGCCUUGGAUCAGCAGCUGAAGGGUUAAUUGCCAAACAAGAAAUGUAUAUGUGUAUGUAUAUGUGUCUAGUGGAAGUGACGUAUCUCCUGAUGUACAUGUGAGUUAUUUAUAAAAGGGCUUUCGUUAUUAUGUGA